GUUUGAGUGAGUGCGAAAGAGAAAGGGAAAAGAAAAUGAAGAGUAGUUUUGUGUGUCUUAUCAUAUGUUCCGCAUUGGUAGAGUCACGAGCAUUGUUGCAACCUUCAGCUGCACCCUCUCCUCUCCCUCUUGCGCCGGCCUUGUUCGUCAUCGGAGACUCCUCCGUCGAUUGCGGAACCAACAACUAUCUUGCCACCUUUGCGCGCGCUGAUCACAUUCCUUACGGAAGAGAUUUCGACACUCACCGACCCACCGGAAGGUUCUCCAACGGAAGAAUCCCCGUCGAUUUUCUUGCUCUGCGUCUUGGGCUUCCAUUUGUGCCCAGUUAUCUUGGGCAGACAGGGGCCGUGGAGGAUAUGAUUAAAGGGGUCAAUUACGCUUCUGCUGGCGCCGGCAUUAUUCUAUCUAGCGGCUCUGAAUUGGGUCAGCAUAUCUCCCUCACUCAGCAAAUUCAGCAAUUUACAGACACGUUUCAGCAGUUUAUAUUGACCAUGGGAGAGGAUGCUGCCAACACUCUCAUAUCCAAUUCCAUCUUUUAUAUUUCUAUUGGAAUUAACGACUACAUUCAUUACUAUUUGCUCAAUGUAUCCAACGUCGAUAAUUUGUACCUACCGUGGCAUUUCAAUCACUUUUUAGCAUCUUCAUUGAGGCAAGAGAUUAAGAACUUGUACAAUGUAAAUGUUAGGAAAGUGGUGAUCACGGGACUUGCCCCUAUUGGCUGUGCACCUCACUACCUGUGGCAGUACGGUAGUCAAAAUGGAGAAUGUGUUGAGCAGAUAAAUGACAUGGCCGUCGAAUUUAACUUUCUCACGAGGUACAUGGUUGAAAAUCUUGCUGCGGAGCUCCCGGAUGCCACUAUCAUCUUCUGUGAUGUGUUUGAAGGUUCCAUGGAUAUUUUAAAGAAUCAUGAACGUUAUGGUUUUAAUGUCACGAGUGACGCCUGCUGUGGAUUUGGGAAGUACAAGGGCUGGAUCAUGUGCUUGUCACCGGAAAUGGCAUGCAGUAAUGCCUCCAACCAUAUCUGGUGGGACCAGUUUCAUCCAACUGAUGCGGUGAAUGCCAUUCUGGCAGACAAUAUAUGGAAUGGCCAGCACGCUGAAAUGUGCUAUCCUAUGAACUUGGAGAACAUGGUAAUUCAGAUGCCAAAAUGAUAUUGUGAUAUUAGUUUCCUCCACAUUUUACACGUAAGUUUUUGAUACUCAAUGGAGGUAGGCAGUCCUGUUGCACCUGUUGCUCAAAAGAACUAGGUAUAUGCACAUAACGUAGUAAAAUGGUUACCAAAUAUUAAUAUUGGCACCAGAAAAAUUGUUUCCCCCAAAAACUUCCCCAUGCACAAAAUAUUUUCAACUUUACUAACAAGUAAUGACCUAAUAAGCACCGAAAAAAGAGUUCAGCAUCAGCAUUUUACUGCAUAGUUGCAACCUACGG